AUGACCCUAGAACCGUACGGCCACUACACGCUCGCGUCAGCUCAGCCCCCUCAGCCUAGGCCCCCGGUGUCGAGAGCUCCUCCACCGGCGCAACAGAAUCCCACUUCGCAGGGUCCACAGGCCGGUGCCUCGCACAACCGACCCCGCAAGCAAUACACACCUCUGCCUGCCCCUCUUUCUCACAUAUAUCGACAACUCCUUGCGGGCGAUCAGAUUCGACCGAUAUCCCCAGGCCCGAAUUUUGACCCGUCCAUUCAGGACCAGUCUAAACGCUGCGAAUAUCAUCAGGGCGCGCCAGGGCACACUCUCGAUAAUUGUUGGAGGUUGCGAGACGAGAUCCAAAGGAGGAUUGACAGCAACAGGCUCACCGUCAACGCCGUCAGGCCCCCGAAUGUGCAGGACAACCCCCUCUCGGACCAUAGGCCGAGUUCGGGACCUUCCAUCAACAUGAUCUCCAUAUGCGCCUCGGGGAGGGACGAAGACACGCAAGACAACCCCCUUCCCUUCGUGAUCAACUAUACUCCCGAGGAACCCACGGUCGGAUUCGCGGGGCACAUGGCUUCGUCGGCUCCAUUCGUCGUGGAUAUCCCCGCGCGAGAACUGUAUACAGACAGCAAGGUCCCCUGGACCUAUGAAGGAAGUAUCGGGAGUGUUGAGCAGCAGUUCAGUGUCAUGGGGGUGACGCGUUCGGGGCGGGUGUACGAGAACCCGGCGAUCAGAAACAAAGGGAAGGCGCCUGCAACUGAAGUUGGGGCAGUGCCCGAAAGCUCGCCUUUUCCAUCGAAGAAGGUAACCGAAGAGGAAGCCGAAGCAUUCAUGAAGAUCGUGAAGGCGAGCGAGUAUAAAAAGGUCGAGCAAAUGGCCAAAUCCCCGACCCACGUCUCAUUGCUUGCCCUCCUCCUCGGCUCGGAACCUCACCGGGAAGCCCUCCUGCGGGUCCUGACGACUGCACAAGUUCCAAAAGGGACGCCCCCGGACAGGAUAGAUGAGACUGUCGGGUCCAUCUUCUCCAACACCAUCUCGUUCUCGGACGACGAGCUCCAGUCCGAAGGUUGGUCACAUUCGCGGGCGUUGCACAUUGUCUGCAAGUGCAACAACUACAUCAUUGGCCGGGUCAUGAUUGACAAUGGGUCCGCCCUCAACGUGCUCGAUAUCCCGAAUGCGUUCAGCCUGUUGCUCGGGAGGCCCUGGAUCUACUCGGUCGGCUCCGUCCCCUCUUCUCUGCACCAAAGGCUGAAGUUCAUCGUUGAGGAGAAGCUCAUUACGGUAAAAGGGGAGGAGGACUACGCCAUCUACAAGGAGACGGCGGUGCCCUAUAUUAGCGUCGGGGACGAUGAAAACCUCCCAUUCCACUCAUUCGAAACCAUCUCCGUCAUCCGGGACUACGGAGAGAGUGGACCAUCCCGUGCCGACCGCAUGAUAGGAAAGGUUCUCCUACGCAACAAUUACAUUCCCAGCACCGGCCUCGGGGAGCGCGGACAAGGGAUCAGCCGCCCUAUUGAAGUCGAAGAGUACAAGCACAGGAGGGGACUCGGCUUUCGCCCCUCCUGUCAUGAAAUCAUCGAGGCCCGCAGGGGCAACCACCUUCAUUGCCUCGCCGCACACUACGGGAGGCUCAACAGGGGCACUCCAGUCCUCCCGCUAUCGCACUUCUUCCCCGGGCCUACACACACCAUCGGGGGCACCCUUGACGGCCCUUCCUCGGACUCCGACGACACUCUUGCCGCUUCGUCAGCCGUGGACGCGGUCACCGAGGAGCUUCUUUCAGGGCAUUCUAAAUUUUUCUAA